ACACCCUGCUGAUUUUCUCAAUGGACUGUAUCAUACGAGUCUAUUGAGUCUAAAGGUUUUCUGUAAAAACAUUGGUCUGAAAAAUCACCAUAACUCAUCAAACACCGGCAAGAUAGACUGGAAUAGACCCUAUCUGUAAACUACACAGAUCUUUAAAAAGAUGCCUUACCUGUCGCACCUGAGCCCGUGAAUUGUGUCUUAAGACGAGAUCUGACCGGCACACAUGACACUUACAACGGGAAACGGGCUCUGCAUAAAAAUGAUUGGGGAGUAAAGUUAACGGGGCCUGAUCCUAUUCUGUGUGGACAUUAUCGCGAAUCAAUAUCGAACCACCGCCUUGGCAGUAACGCAUUCUGUUUAUGGUUCCUAAGACAAUGGACUUCAAAGAGGGCCAAUUAGCAGUCUCAUCACUUCACAACAGCUGUGAUCAGUGUAUGUACAGGUGAGACAAUUAGUAGGUAUAGGAUUCAAAAGACAGGUGUGUUGACUACCUGGAUAUUGGACCUGGUCGUGUGCUGUCUGAAAACAUGAUUACUUCAGGUAGGUCAUUAAUUGCUAACUUUCGAUGACUGUGGCGACAAGUGGCGAUUCUUCAGUAAGGACCAGAAAAGAUUGACAUGUGGACAUUUAAACUGGACACACGUGUUAAUUCAUAAUCAAGAAUGAGGGUCAUAUGGACAGAAUAUGGUGAUCGGGACAUUUAAAUCCAGCAUUUAUAGGAUUCAUGUGAAAAGUUUGGAGAAAAAUCUUUUGUAAGUCCAUACAUUCACCUGAAAGGUAAUCUUAUAUAUAUUGGACAGUAGCUUUAAAAUUUUAUUCGUUUGGUGUUUCUAAAAGACCAUUACGUUGUGGUCAAACUCGAUUACCCACAAAUAUACUGCUUUCAAAAUAUCCACAUAACUACGGACAUUACCCAGAAAUUAACAUUUGUCUGGACAACCUGUGCUAUGUGUUGACAUUCUGAAGAUAUCAAUUUGUCCCCUAUCACCAUAUACAGGUAUGGUAAACGCUAACGUUUGGUGUAAACACCGGGCCAUUUAAACUCGAGAUUGAAUUACAAGAAGUGUUAUGUUAGGGAUGGCACAUGUUUAACAUCGAUUUUUCCUUCACUGGAAUAUUGAAUUGAUAAUUUGACAGCUAGGCAUUAAGAGACUCAACCAACCAUGAAAACGGGAAUUAUAGAUGUUCAGUUCGAUCACGAAGACACUGAAAACGUGGCGGUCGUCGGCAAGAUCGGUAAGAUGGCGAAGAAAGUCAGAAUUAAAACCAACGUAGAACAUAUGGAAAGAAAAGAGAAGAAAAAGAGACGACGAAGACAAGGGUAUCCAAAUUUAGCACAAGCACAGAGGUCGAAAGAAAUUGGCAAUGAAACAGACAACGAUUCCUUCGAGGAGGAUGACGGAAUUUUACCAACGAUAGAGGGAUUCGACCCACGGAAAAAGAAAACAGAGGAAGUAUCAGAUAUCAGAAACACACGACCGGGAAUAUGUGAUGCUUGUAAGAAAAAAGGUCUGAAUUCUGCGGAUGAAUACAUGCGAAGGACUUUCAAAAAAUAUGACACGAAAGAUGCUCACAGUGACGGACAUUGCAUAGUGUGUCAAGAAAUAGGCGCAAAUUUUAAUUUUCUUGAUUCCAAUUCUGGAUCGGCUUCUAUGACCUACCCACGUGAUUUUUACGAUAAAUUUUCGCGCGAGACAAAACCGCCAAACAUUGAUUCAGAGCCAGAACCGUCACGUGGUUCUCCAGGACUUCCUUCUAUACAAGAGGAGCUAAGAUCCUUUCCCAGCAAGCCUGACCCUCUCGGGACGACAGGUGAGAAUGCAUUUGAAUCUGCUCGAAAGGGUGUACUUGCACGGUUAGCUGCAGAAUCGCCAAAGCGGAGGGAUGCUUUAGGACGAAGCAAUGCAGGUAGAGAAAGAGGGGGGAACCUUUUUAUGGAUUCCGGAAGGAGAGAUGAACCAACGAGGUAUUCUCCAUUUAUGGAGAAAAUUAAGAAAGACAGAUAUAGGACUGAACUACAAUAUCCAGACGCCGAAAAGAAGGAACUAUUAGUUAAAGAGUUUCAAUUCGAAACUCCAAAACUAGAUUUAACUGGGCAUGGUGAUAUUCGAAACGUCUCUAAACGGGACCUUGAGUACCGUAAGGACAUCAAAUACAGCACUAGUUUCGAACCCUCAAAAUUUCGCCAUUUAGUGAAAACUCGUGUAAGGUACGAGGAGUACCCCCUCCCUACAUUAAAUGCUUACUGUUUUGCACCGCAGGAAGUUUCAGACGAAUUCGAGGACUUGCCCUUCAAUAGGGGUCUUAAAGGAGGGACCAUCAAAAAGGAUCCAAACCCGUUUCAUAGAGAACGCCAAGAACUACUUCAGAAGCAGGAAAGGAAUUCUAUGUACGCUGUGGGAAGCCUCGGUUUGGUGUACGGCUUACCAGAUCACAAGAGUCUCACAGACCGAUCCUCCAUUCCAGAUACUGCCACCACGCUAUCGUUUGACAGAGGUCCACAGGGAAACCGUCCACUGUCUCUCCUUCUUCCUCCUCCGAGGCCGAAGAAAAGACCGUCAUCCUAUUUUUCAUAUGGGUAGCAACGAGACCCAUAUUCCUUAUUCCAUAUUCUUCCUAGAUCUUCCAGAUAAAUAAAAACUUGAAUGAUAUCCAUAAAUGUCACAUAUAAUUAAAUAUAUGAUCAUUUAUAUUAUAGCUUGUAUUUAAGAUACAUCCACUAUGCAUAGAUUUAAAUGAACUAAAAUACACAUUUUAGUUACAUACACUUUGGUUUAGGAAUCUAUCUCGGAAAAACUGGUAAAAAGUAAGAAAUGGCAGGAUAAAUUAAACGCCAAUAUUGGGUAUGAACUUCAUUUUUGAUGAGAAAUGCUGAGAUCGCAAGUGAGACAAUGUACUAUUUCUUUUAUGUCGUAUAUGAUAUUAUUAUGUUUUGUUCAUUAUUAUUCAUUUUAAUUUUGAAGAUGUUUUUCUUACAUUUUUCAUUCAGACAAUUUUCUCGUGAAUCUAAUGAAAAUUGUCGACAGAAAAAGGCAUAAGAAUAAAUAUGGG